AUGAAACUCAACCGUGUAUAUCUCAAAUCCACCAAGAAUUUGGAUGGGUUAGGAAGAGAAAGAGCGAGAAAGAUGAAAGAGAUUAAGACAAAGAUUAUCUAAGAAUUCAAAUUUUUAAAGGCCGAGAAUGAUGAAUAAAUAGAAAGCCAUUCUAAAGAUUGUGUAGAAAUCUUUGACACAACCACUUAUGAUGAAUCAGAAAUGGUUGUGUUUAUUACCCCCUAAUAAUAAUAGAGAGUGAUUGAAAUAAUAAUGCCUAUGUUUGAUAAAAUAGAUAGAUACUUUAAAAUACUUACAGAACCCAAACAAAAAAUGAAAGCAAUGCUAAAGAUAAUGAAUGACAUCAUUAAUCAUCACGGUCUGGCUGGGCUGUCAUUUGACGCCAUAAUGAUCUGCCAUUCUGUGCCAUAUAAAUGGACGAUAUAGAAAUAUUUAAAUACUCCUGUGAAGCAAGUGUAGACCUUGCAAUCCAAAGAGGCUUCCACAAUGAAAUUUUAUUCGAGAUCAAAUAUUAUUAUAAUUUUUAUUUGCCUAUUUCCAGAGCUGUUCAAAAAAUUGCCAUCCCAGCCUGUGUGUAAUAUUUUGAGGAGGAUUAUUUUUCCUCUUGGUCCAGAAAUAUAGCUUGAUAAAUAUAAAAAAAAAAUAAUAAAAAGGUAAGUAGAUUUAAUCAAUAAUAAGAUCAAUUUCAAAGAACAUAGCAGAUAAUUGA